AUGUACCGACUGCGACACCUUGCACUUGGCUUAGCUGGCAUAUCCUUUGCUACUUCUGCACUCGCCACUGAUGCCGAGUCAAGCGUUCAUUCUCUGAAAGCUGAUACUUUUAAAGAGUUCAUCUCCGAGCACAACUUAGUUUUGGCUGAGUUCUUCGCGCCAUGGUGUGGUCAUUGUAAAGCCCUUGCUCCAGAAUACGAAACCGCGGCAACGGAGCUCAAAGAGAAGAAUAUCCCGCUGGUAAAGGUGGAUUGCACUGAAGAAGCUAGCUUGUGUGAAGAGUAUGGCAUAGAGGGCUAUCCGACUCUAAAGGUUUUCCGGGGAACAGAGUCUAUUAAGCCCUAUAAUGGUGCAAGGAAAUCCCAAUCGAUUGUGUCUUUCAUGGUUAAACAGUCACUUCCCACAGUAUCCAAGGUAACGUCAGAUACCUUGGAAACUGUUAUAGCACUUGAUAAGAUAGUCAUCAUUGGCUUCUUUGAGGAAGGAGACAAAGCAUCCAAUCAAACCUUCGCUGCCAUUGCGGAGGAGUUGCGUGAUGACUACCUUUUUGCAGACACAAAUGAUGCUGCAUUAGCCACCGCUGAGGGCGUACCUCGCCCUGGGAUCGCUCUUUAUAAGGAUUUCGAUGACCGAAAGGAUGUUUUUCGCAAAGAGUUCAAUAAGGAUUCUAUCACAACUUUCAUUAAAACUGCCGGCACUCCACUUGUUGGUGAAGUUGGGCCCGAGACCUACUCGGCGUACAUGGCUACUGGAAUUCCUCUGGCAUAUAUUUUUGCUGAGACGCCAGAAGAACGUGAACGCCUUACCACUGAGUUCAAGCCACUUGCUAAAAAAUUAAAGGGCUCCAUCAAUUUCGCAACAAUCGAUGCCAAAGCAUUCGGUGCUCAUGCCGGAAAUUUGAAUCUUGACCCAGAGAAAUUCCCUGCAUUUGCCAUCCAGGAUACGGUUAAAAACACCAAAUUUCCCUACAGUCAAGAUAAAGAGAUUGUCGAAAAGGAUAUUUCAAAAUUUGUUCAAGAUGUUCUCGACGGAAAGAUCGAACCUAGCAUUAAAUCAGAACCAAUCCCAGAGUCACAGGAAGGCCCUGUUAGCGUUGUCGUCGCACGCUCCUACGAUGAGAUUGUCAAAAAUACUGAUAAGGACGUUUUAUUAGAGUUUUAUGCCCCAUGGUGUGGACAUUGCAAAGCCCUUGCACCUAAAUAUGACCAGCUAGCUUCCCUUUACGCAAACAAUCCUGAGUUCGCUUCAAAGGUAACCAUUGCCAAGAUCGAUGCCACUGCUAAUGAUGUACCCGAUGAAAUCCAGGGUUUUCCUACAAUCAAACUCUACCCGGCUGGUUCAAAAGAUUCCCCGGUAGAAUAUAGUGGGACCAGGACUAUCGAAGAUCUAGCUAAUUUUGUUCGUGAUAAUGGAAAGUAUCACAUCGAUGCUUAUGUUAAGGGCAUGGAAGAGGGUGGUGAUGUCACUUUUGAAUCAAAAGCUGAGAGUGCGACUCCAAGCGCGGAGUCUAAGAGCCAAUCAUCAACAUCUUCGGAUCGUCCAGAAGCUACUGUGCAUGAAGAAUUAUAA